AUGCAUGUGAGUUAUUCUCUACAUUGUAAAAUUAAUUACAAAACUGCAUUGCAUUUCGCAGCGUCAUGGGGUUGCUCCAAAACGCUAAACAUUUUGUUAAAAGUUCCUGGAGUGAAGUUAAACCUACGAGAUGAAGAUGGAAAAACUCCACUUUUUAAGGUAUUAGACCUUGUUCUUAAUAGUUUAAUCUCAGUUGCAGUAGCAGGUACUGGGGACAAGAUUGUUAAAUAUAGAUGCUUUGCUGUGGAAAUAUGCAGUAAAAAAUCCGUUGAAAUAUUAAUAGAAGAAGGUGCUAACGCCAGCAUUGCAUCACGGGAUAGCAGAAAUGCAUUUGAAUACGCCCUUCAAGAACUAGGUGAUAACAAAGUUGACAUGAUCAAAUAUCUGUACGACAAAGGCGGCAUGCGUGCAGAAAGAAAAGAGAAAGGAAAGAUGUCGUUUAUUCACGUGUUGACAUUGGCGAAAAAGGGAGUACCUAUUUCUAAAACAAUGAAGGAGCUUCUUAAUACAGAAAAUGUGAAUGCUACAGAAGGAAACGGAAGGACUGCGUUAAUACUGGCGACAAGAGUGAAGAGGUUGGAUGCUGUGAAAUGUUUGGUUGAGCAUUAUGCUGACCCGAUGCAUUUGGACCUUGCCCAAACCAGAGCAAUCGGUUAUGCUGAAAGAAAUUCGGAAAUCUACAACGUUUUGAAGGAAGCGAUGAACAAUGCCAACGAUAGGACACUGGGAAUGAAAGUCUUUUUAGAAAAACGUGUUACAGAUUGA